AUGACGGAAGCUGCGGGAGUGUUCUUCGAUGUAACCAAGGGAAUUGAAAUUUGGACCUUCCAUGAUAUGUUUGUGAAUGCAUGGAGAUUGAGGUACAGUAAGAUAAUGGUUGAAACUGACAACGCCGAGAGUCAUGUCGACAAUAAUGCUGAUAUUACGAUUUCAUGCGUGACCAUGGGAAACAGCCGUGCAUCUGAUUAUGGACUGGUGACGAUAGAUGGAAGGGGCCGUAUUGUCCAGUUUUCUGAAAAGCCAAAGGGUGCUGACUUGAAAGCAAUGCAAACAGAUACCACUCUUCUAGGGUUGUCUCCCCAAGAAGCCUUGAAAUCUCCUUACAUAGCAUCAAUGGAAGUCUAUAUAUUUAAGACAGAAGUUUUAUUAAAGCUUCUGAGAUGGAGAUUUCCUGCUUCCAAUGACUUCGGGUCCGAAAUCAUCCCUGCUGCAGUUGAGGAACAUGAUGUCCAGGUAAGAGCUAUAGAAAUGGAAAUUCCAUUUGUCUAUGACGUUUCUCCAUCUUUGCUAAAACGAGGGACGAGUUCAUAUACCAGUGAGGCUUCAAACCGAGCACUGAAUCUUACCGGAAAAGAAGCAGGCCUUUCCAAGUGUUCCUAA